GUUUUUUUUCUGUCUCUACAGAAUCAUAGCAUUGGCAACAUGGCGGCGGCAUCAGAUGCUCAGGAGUUGCCGCGCUGGCGCAUCAUGAAGAACAUCGUGGUCAUCAGCCUCGCCUUCAUGCUACAGUUCACGGCCUUCAGCGGAGCAGCCAACCUGCAGAGCUCGAUCAACGCGGAGGGCGGGCUGGGCACGGCCGCGCUGGCCGCCAUCUACGCCGGCCUCAUCACCUCCAACGUCUUCCUGCCCGCUCUCGUCAUCAAAUGGCUGGGCUGCAAGUGGUCGAUCUGCAUCUCCUUCGUGACCUACAUGCCUUACAUCGCGGCGCAGAUGUACCCGCGGUUCUGGACGCUCAUCCCGGCCGCCCUGCUCGUGGGCUUCGGCGGAGGCCCGCUGUGGUGCGCCAAGUGCACCUACUUGUCUGUGUCAGCGGAGACGCAGGGUAAGACCUGCAAAGUCCCCGUGGAUGCGCUGUUGACUCGCUUCCUCGGGGUCUUCUUCAUGAUCUUCCAGCUCAACCAGGUCUGGGGAAAUGUCAUCAGCUCGUUGGUGCUAACAUCAGGCAACAACACAGCCGCCGUGACCGCGAUAUCAGACGAGCUAAUCCCUUCAGUGUGCGGCGCGCGCUUCCUGCCCAGCGCCGACGCGGGCGCCGCGCUGCAGCCGCAGCCGAGCGACAAGAUACAGAUGAUGAUACUAAUAUACCUAGCUUGCAUGGCUGCUGCAAGCAUACUGGUAUCAGUUGGCGUUGACUCAAUAAAAAAAACAGAGAAGCAGCGGUCCACCUCCAGCCCGGGCAGCACUGCCUUACUCGCGGUGACGUUGAAGCUGCUGGUGGAACCCAACCAGCUGCUGCUCGUCGUCAUCAACAUCUUCAUUGGCCUGCAGCAGGCGUUCUUCGGAGCCGACUUUACUGCUUCGUUCGUGUCGUGCGCGGUGGGCACGGGUACGGUGGGCUUCGUGAUGAUGGCGUACGGCAUCGCCAACGCGCUCGGCUGCGUCGUCACCGGCUAUCUGGCUAAGAUAACAGGCCGCACGCCAGUCAUCUGUGUAGCUCUCCUAUCUCACACGGGGUUAUUCCUGACGCUACUACUGUGGCGGCCGCACGCGCACCAGUCGCACCUCAUGUAUGUGAUAGCUGUCGUGUGGGGACUGGCUGACUCUAUAUGGAUGGUGCAGAUUAAUGCAUACUACGGAGUGCUAUUCCCGGGCAGACAGGAGGCAGCGUUCGCAAACUUCAGACUCUGGGAGUCAGUCGGCUAUAUCAUCGCCUACCUCAUCUCGCCACAUUUCAGAACGAGCACCAAGACUUACAUCCUCUUUGUGCUAAUGUUUAUAGGAACUUUUUGCUACUUCAUAGUUGAGUACAAAGAGUUUAAGAUAAGAAAAAAGUUGGAUAAAGCGAAGGCUGCCAGUGAUAAUAAAGGCUGUGAUAAUAUUGCUUUUUCGAAUAUUGAUUAAGUUUUUUCCUUUUAAGAUAUAAUAUUUUUCUAGAUAAUGAAGUAUUUGUUAUUUUAGAGUAUUUAGAGUGUUGUUAUAGUUUAAGAAACUUUGUUAAAUGUAAUUUAAUAAUGAACUUUAUGUUAGGCUGUAAAUAUAAGACAUGUGUGAAUUUA